AUGGCUGGCUGCGCAGGCCGGCAGUCACGCCUCGCUCCCUGCCUGGAGAGGGGAGAAGAAAUGAAACUGGAGGAGUGUGUCUCCAUCCUCCCCCUGAAGGAAAGCCCCUCUGUCCCAGUCUCCAAAGAUGGAACGCUGCUGGCCGUGACCUUGCUGCUGGCCCUGGCGGCCAGCUGCCUCUCGGUGCUGGCGUUCUGCAGGGUGGCCGCCCUCCAGGCCGAGCUGGGGAGCCUCCGGGCGGAGCUGCGGGAACUCCACCGGGCUGAGCGGCUGCCGGGCGCCCCCCAGGCCGGAGCCGCAGCCCCCAGGGCAGCCGUGCGGGAGGCCCCAGCUGUCCCCUCGGCUCUCAAAGGGAUCUUCGCACCACCCGCUGCAGGAGGGGGCAACUCCAGCCAAAGCCGCAGGAACACGCGUGCCCUUCAGGGUCCAGAAGAAGCAGUCACUCAGGACUGCUUGCAACUGAUUGCAGACAAUGACACACCUACCAUACGGAAAGGGGCUUACACGUUCGUCCCGUGGCUGCUGAGCUUUAAAAGGGGAAGAGCCCUGGAGGAGAAGGAAAACAAAAUCCUGGUGAAGGAAACGGGUUAUUUCUUUAUAUACGGGCAGGUUUUAUACACCGAUAGCACCUUUGCCAUGGGACACCUAAUACAGAGGAAGAAAGUCCACGUCUUUGGGGACGAAUUGAGUCUGGUGACUUUGUUCCGAUGUAUUCAAAAUAUGCCUGAAACACUACCCAAUAAUUCCUGUUAUUCGGCUGGCAUCGCGAAGCUGGAAGAGGGCGACGAGCUCCAGCUCGCAAUCCCGCGGGAGGACGCCAAGAUAUCGCGAGACGGCGACGGCACGUUUUUUGGGGCCUUGAAGCUCCUGUGACCCGCGGACACCUGCGCUGCGGCCGGUUCCUCCCUUGCUCCGGACCUCGGAGGAGGAGACGCUUCCCGGGAAAUGCCCGCAGGAAGAAAAGCAGUCGUUGACUCGCCUUUUCUGGGAGCUGCUUAUUUUGAUUCCCUGAAACGAGAGCAAACCGGAAAUUUCACGGACAACCGCAGCCCAGGGGUGUCCUGGGGGCGACCGGAAGCGGCCGGUUCAGGGCGACACCGA